AUGACGGCCAAGCUGCAUCGCGAUGAUCGCAUGUUCGAAUUGGCCAAGCAGAGCAACCAGAAAGAAUAUCAGCAAGCUCUCCUGAUGCGUUGGUUUCAGGAGCAACUUGUGCCAGGCCAGUCUCAUUACGAGCAUCACGAAGUUGUCGCCAUGAUUGAAAGAUAUCUUCAUGAGCGUGAGCAAGAGGUACAGGCGCUAGAGGCCGAGAAGGGUAAAUCUGCAACCGCCAUUGGGCUGCGCUCUCGUCUGGACACCAAUCGCGGCGAGUUCAAGAGUCAAGGCGGCUUUGUUGCUCCGGAUUUGACUCGUGCUGACGUGGUCCAUCGACUCAGUGAAUGGCAGGGCGAGCUCAAGUUCUUGUCGGCGAUUGCCACCAAGGGGUUUCGCCAGAAAUGAAGUGCUAGCUUGGCCCCUGGAUGCGGUUUGCCUGGGUUGCAUGCCUUUCUUCAAGAGUUACCAAUGCACGCCGUGCUCGAGCUGGUCUCGACGGCCGUGCUCACUUCCUUCGAGAUGAGCAAACCAGAUCAAAGAUCUAGUUUUGCAAUUGUACCUGCCGUUGG